AUGGAGAGGAUCUCCUAUGCUCGUGUGCUUGUCGAAAUGGAUAUCACCACUCCCUUACCUAAUAUUGUUAGGGUAAUGGAUCCUAGUGGUACAACGUUUGAUCAACAGAUCUCAUAUGAAUGGAAGCCCCAAUAUUGCCCGACAUGCUAUCAAAUUGGGCAUGUAUGUCCUCCCAAACAGAAUAUGCAGGCCCCGACUAAGCAGGUUGCUCAAGGUCCAGCCAAGACAAAGCAGAAUCCGCCAACUAAAACAAAGAAGCCUCCACAGGAACAAACAAAGCAGAAUCCCCAGCCUCACAACAGGAAGAGUGAUCAGCCCAAACAAGUACAAAAUAGAGAUGAACACAAGCAAGUGCAAGUCUGGAAGAAUAGGCAGGAACAGGUACCAGCAGACCUAAGGCCAAAGGGUAUCCCUGAGUCCUCACAUUCUCCAGCAGGUGAGCAAACUCAGGAGGAGGGUGGGUGGACAGAAGCAGAAGGAAAGGCAGUUGCUAAAAGCCCAUUAACAUCCCCUCCAGUGGAGCAACUUGAGACUACUAAUUGCUUCAACCAGUUGGAAGAAAAUCCACUACAGCAGAUGAUCCAGAAUGCUUUUGCCUUGGCUGAGAAAGGACAUAGUAGCAAAGGGGUAGGGUUGCACAGUCCCAACUAUCAAUCUAUCUCUAAAUGA